CUCACGUGAAACAAGACCAAUAAAUUAGGAUUUUGCGAACGAACGUGGGGCAAGGGGCCCAUGUUGAAAGGGAACAUAUUUAAGAGAAUGAAACAGGUAGGUGGCGCAGAGGUGACUGGACAUUGGUGAUACCAACAUCGAAUAAUAAAACUUUGUAAGUGAAACUUCAGCAAAACAUGAGACUUCCAGCAAUUAUUGGUAUUUUUACCUGUGCCGUUUUCCUCUCUUGCUGCCUCCAUGAAACAGAAGGAUCAUUGAAACUUUUGAAACUUAUAAAAGCAGGACUCAUCCUAAAAGCUCUUAAACCGAAGAAAAUCUUCUUGCCUCUGCCCCUACCUAUUCCUAUCGGUAUCAAAGGACAUGAUCACGACUUUCAUCAUCAUCAUCACAGCUUCGAAAUAGAGCCUCUCCACGAUUUCCACUCCUUUGGGCAUGGCCAUGGACACGGCUACGGGCAUGGACACGGUUAUGGACAUGGACCAUAUGAAUACAAGACUACAGGCUAUCACAUAUCAACUGGUUGGUGGCACAAAUAGAUAACUUGAUUUAUAUUGCUAGUGCCAACUGUAUAGUAAUCGAAUGGAAUCUCAUUAGCAAAAGAAAGCAGAAAAUAUUUGCAUACAUUCAAGCACAAAUAUUUAUCUGUAUGUGAUUAAAAACAUUACACUUUGCAUCUGUAAAAUAGCAUAUUUGUGACGGGUC